AUGCUGGCCGCAAAAUACCACUGCCAUGUGUCAACGAUACGCCGAUUCCUUGCCUUGGCCAAGGCACAAGGCAUCUGUCAUGGUAACUUGAAGGUGUCUGUAGCUUACAAAAAGAAAGGCAGCGUAGGCAAGAAAGUGGCCUAUACAGCCGAGCAAAUUGAGCCCAAGCUGCUGCAGCUUUCGGACAUGUUGGCCUCCGUGCACCUUGACGAAAAAUGGUUUUACCUAACAAAAACCACCCGCAAGUACUAUUUGGUGCCUGGUGAGCAAGAACCACAACGAAAGUGUAAAAGCAAGAGAUACAACGACGAAACGAGCACAUGGUGGGGCGGCGAAAUAGGCACGUGGCCUUUUGUCGAGUCCGUGCCCCCUCAACGUGCGAGCGUCAAUCGCCCAGCCGGCACCUAUGAAACGAAGCUGCUGACGGUGACCAAAGACGUCGACAACAAGACCGUUAUGCUUCAGCACGACAACGCUCGCGCACAUGUGACCCCGAUGGACCCGCAACUCAAGGCAGCCUUCGACGAAUACGGCAAGGACGGCUGGUCCUUCUCUCUCGCACCGCAGCCGCCAAACUCCCCGGACACCAACAUCUUGGACAUUGGAUUCUUCGCUGCGGUUCAGUCUCUACAACAGAAGAAGUCAGCCAAGACGAUUGAUGACCUUGUCGCCAACGUUGGUCAAGCAUUUGACGAGUACCCGAUGGAGAGCCUCGGCCGGACGUUCCUCUCGCUUCAAGCAUGCCUUGUGGAGGCCAUGAGCCUCUUUGGUGACAAUGCAUACAAGUUGCCCCACAAGUGA